AUAAGACUGGGAAUCUAAACAGCCAAAACAUAUUUACUAAUUUUGAAGUAAUUAUGAAGUCUUUAGAUGAGCGUCCUUACCUGUCGGUUGGUACAGAAGUAAGUGCUAAAUACAGAGGUGCUUUCUGUGAAGCCAAGAUAAAGUCCACAAAAAGGCUGGUCAAAGUUAAGGUAACCUUUCGAAAGGAUGCAACAACUGUGGAGGUACAGGAUGAUCAUGUUAAAGGGCCACUACAGAUUGCAGAUGUGGUAGAAAUAAAAAGGCCAGAUGGAACUUAUCAAGAAGCUGUUAUCAAUAAAUUAACUGAUGCAAGCUGGUACACAGUUGUAUUUGAUGAUGGAGAUGAAAAGACUUUGCGGAGAUCAUCCCUCUGCCUGAAGGGAGAAAGACAUUUUGCAGAAAGUCAAACACUCGAUCAGCUUCCUCUUACCAAUCCUGAGCAUUUUGGAACCCCUGUAGUAAGAAAGAAAACCAGUAGAGGGAGAAGAUCAAAUCACAUUCCAGAAGAGGAAUCAUCCACCUCAUCCAGCGAUGAAGAUGCUGAAAAUAGAACUGGGGACAAGUUUCUGGGAAAGGUUGUCUGUGUUUCUUUAAGCACUGAAGAUGACAAAAUAAACUGGGUUCCUGCACUGGUUGUAUCACCAGAGUGUCGUGAUGACAUAGCCGUUAAGAAAGAUUUUAUUUGUGUACGCUCAUUUAAAGAUGGAAAAUUCUUUUCUGUGGCGAAAGCAGAUAUUCGAGACAUUGAUGACAUCUCUCUUAAAACUGACUGUGUUUUAAUUCCAGCAUAUGAGGAUGCAAUGGAGUUUAUAAAAAACAAAGCUAUACCUACCAACUGGAAAGCAGAGUUAAAAGAGGAAACCUCAAGUAGUGAAUCAGAAGAUGAAGAUGGGGAGACAAAAGAUGAUCAAGAAAACAGUGGCAGUCAAGAUGAGGAGGAAGUAGAACCAUUUCCCGAUGAAGGUGAAAACGUUUUACAACAACUCUAUAAGUUUAUGGAGGACAGAGGAACACCUAUCAACAAAAGACCUGUACUGGGAUACAGAAAUUUAAACCUUUUCAAAUUGUUUCGUCUUGUACAUAAACUUGGAGGGUUUAAUAAUAUUGAAAGUGGGGCAGUCUGGAAACAGGUUUACCAGGAUCUUGGCAUUCCUGUAUUAAAUUCAGCCGCUGGGUAUAAUGUCAAAUGUGCUUACAAGAAGUAUUUGUAUGGCUUUGAAGAAUACUGUUCUUCCACCAAUAUUUGUUUCCACAUGGACCUGCCGAAGAAAGUUGCAAAAUCAAGUAAAGAUAUGAAUCUUGAAAAUAAAGAUUUCAUAAAACAACAAACCAAAAGUGAUGGCAAUAUUAAGGAAGAUAGUAAUGCUAAGAAUGACUAUUGUGUUAACAAAGAUACUUCUGUUUUAAAUGAAGAGGUCCAGAACUUGGACAAAGAAAUAAAUGCUUCAUUUCACUGCGAGAAAGAACCAAAAGGACUAUAUGAAAUCCUUUCAGAUAAGGGUGAAGAUGCUCUGAAAGAAAGUGAAUGCAGUCGAGAACCAAAAGUGGAAAAUACCACAAAGAAAAUGGGAAUGUAA